GUUUUUGUGUUUUGCAGAUGAAAUUCUCUCCGAUCACCGCCAUCUCAAUCUAUCCCCACCAUUCCUAUUUUAAACCCUAGUCCUUCUCCAUCGUAUCUUCCCAAAUCCACAACCUUCCAUUUCUUGUACGACGACGGUGAAUUCGGGAAUCCCUUCGUUUUUGGCGUAAGUGUUCAUGAAGAAUCUUCAAACCCUAGAAAUGUGUUUUGAAUUCGUGCAGAAAAAGUACAAACAAUCAAUAGAUAGUUUCUUGAUUCAACAUUCAACGGAUCUGCAGUAUCUCUAGUUUAUCGAAAACAAUACAGAAAAAGAUAAGAAACCAUCGUUGGAGAAGGCUAACAAUGAAAUAAAGGUUGAGGGUCUUGGGAAACCCCUCAAAGCCCUCAAGAAUAAUAAAAAGAAAUCUGAUUCAAGCAAUCCUAAUUUUGCAUCCGAACAUUCAAAAUCUAAUCUCGAGGCUGAAAAUGCUGCCUUGUCCUCAAGUGAAUCCCAGCAUGAAGCUGCGGCAGCUGAGAAUGAGCUUGCGCUGAAACAGAUGUUAUCUGAGGCAGCUUUUACCUGAUUGAAAGAAUCAGGAACUGGACUUCACUGCAAGUCUAUUCAAGAUUUGAUCGACUUAUCUCAGAAAUAUUACAUGGAUGUUGCUAUCCCAAAACUGGUAGCAGAUUUUGGCUCAUUGGAACUCUCUCCAGUUGAUGGCCGCACGCUAACUGAUUUUAUGCAUACUAGGGGUCUACGAAUGUGAUCUCUAGGGCACGUUGUCAGUGCUCUAAACUUUAUUUACUUGUCCUCUUUGUUGAUAAAUAGCGUUCCUUUUUCAUGCUUCUUCUACAGUCCACAGUCACAAAUGGCAUUCAUUAGUGUUUCAUUGACAACUCUAUAAUAGCAUUACUAACUCUGAAAAUAUGCCUUUAGGGAUUGUAAAUGUUGGUCACCCACAGUUCUUUCCAAACUAAAAUACUUUAUAUUUGCAUCAAAGUUUCUGUUUUUGCCCUUUUAUUGUCUGCCACACAUUUUUAGAAGGUUUUGAGCGGGAUUUUGUUUUAGUUUUAUGAUAAUGUACGUGAGCUUUUCCAUGUUGUAUGAUGUUUGCAUUUUGCUUAUCUUCACAGGUCAAGCUUUCUGAAAAACUUUCACAUGUGCAAUCACUUUGCAUUCAUGAGAUGAUAGUUCGAGCUUUCAAGCACAUCCCGAGGGCAGUGAUUUCUGCUGUUGUUGACAAGGAGAAAAUGGCUUCAUCAAUAGCUGGUGCAUUGAAUUUGCUGCUUGGUGUUCCUGAAAAUAGAGAAACGGAUAAAUCAUGUGAUGUCCACCCUCUUGUGUGGAAAUGGCUAGAGUUGUUUUUGAAGAAACGAUUUGACUGGGAUCUUAACAGGUUGAACUAUAAAGAUGUGAGGAAAUUUGCAAUUCUACGUGGCUUGUGUCACAAGGUGGGAAUUGAGCUUGUUCCAAGGGAUUUCGACAUGGAUUCUCCAUUUCCCUUCCAAAAAACUGAUAUUGUUAGCUUGGUCGCAGUUCACAAGCAAGCAGCAUGCUCAUCUGCAGAUGGAAGGCAGCUCUUGGAGUCCUCCAAAACAGCUUUAGACAAGGGAAAGCAUGAAGAUGCUGUUACCUAUGGGACAAAGGCUCUUGCGAAGCUUGUAGCAGUUUGUGGUCCCUACCAUCGGAUGACAGCAGGAGCAUACAGCCUCCUUGCUGUAGUUUUAUAUCAUACCGGAGACUUCAAUCAGGUUUUGUUUUUCUCUUAUAUGUUUUUCUACUCGUUGGAGGAAGGUCUGGGAAAUGUACACAUUGCUCUCAGAUCUCUUCACAAAGCAUUAAAGUGCAACCAAAAGUUACUUGGUGCAGAUCAUAUUCAGGUUUUAUGUUCAUUUUAUUUUCUGUUUUUGCCACAGUUUGAAGGAUUCUUGUUUAAUUGGAUUCUUGAUAAAUUGAAUUGACGGAGAUGCAUUAUGUAGUCCUAAAUUUGAUUAAUUGAAUUGACGGAGAAUGCCAUUGGAUAUGAAAUUUGGAUUAUGUGGUUAGAAUUUUGAUAAACUGAAUUGAUGGCAAAUUACAUUGGAUACGAACUUUGAUAUUUGAAUUUUGUGGUCUAAAUUUGAUAAAUUGAAUUGACGGAGA